GACAAGCGGAACGAGAGAAAGAGUCACAUGCUGACCAACUUAGAAGAACCGGUGCGGUUCAAGGAGAGCAGCGCGCGGCGUGCGCACAACUUUGAGGAGUCGGGGCGCUACAACCCCGGCCGUCGACCCCUUGACCCCCCGCCCACGUACAGGAGAGACUAUGAACACCUGCCGCCGAUCCUGAGGGAGGAAGACAUCUACCUGCUCAACGACUCCAACGGGCCCGCGCAGAAGGAAAGUGUUUUGUGAUGAUUGGUUUUUCUAGGGUUUGGUGUCAACUUUUGAUGUAACUGACCGACGGUCAUCUGUAGUGAGAGACCAGGGAGGAGUUGACUGACGCAUCCAGUACCGAAGAGAGAGAAAGAGAUGCUCGUUUUUCUUCCAGUCGUGUGGACAGCCUGCAGUUGCAGAGAGAGAGAGAGAGUUGAGUCAUUUUUCUUCCACUGGUAUUGACAUCCUGCAGUAAUGGAGAGAGAGAGAGAAAGAGAGCGAGAGAAAGAGCGAAAGUUUGGUCGUUUUUCUUCCACUGGGAUCGUCAUCUUGACAGACGUUGCUGCGAAUCGGAGCCAUGACGGACGGAGAUAUUUGCUAUGUGUUCUAUACAGGUUUGUCAGCUGUGCUUAGAUGUGAUCUGAUGAUCGAAAUUGUGUCGAUGGGGACGUAAAAACACUUACAUCUUUUUUUUAAAAAGGAGAUUUGAUCUUGGCCAAUUUUCUCGACCCCAGUGCUUUCUUGUCGUAUCUCCAUUUUUUUAAAACAUGAAAACAGUUCAUAGCAAAGAGUGAGCUUAAGAAGAAGUCACAUUUUUAACAUUGAACAAAAUGGAGAUACGAUGAGAAAGCUCUGAGGUCGCGUGUUGUUUGUUGGUUUUCAAGUACUCUGCUCAUUUUGUGGCGGCUUCCAUUGUGUCUUGUGUCAUGACCCUCUCUAUGGGUCGUCUUGCCGGGGAAGAAAGUCUCUGUGCCUCAGUCUCUGGUUUUGUUUUGUAUUUUGAGCUGCUCUGAGAGGAGAAUUGUCAAAUCUGGGGGGGGGGAUUUUUUGUCUGCCCUGGGUCUUGAGGGUGCAAUUGUCAAACCUGUUUUGUUUGUUUUUUGGCUGUCCUGAGAGGGGAACUGUCGUACCUGGUUUUGUGUUUUUUGGCUACCCUGAGUCUUGAGAGUAAAUUAUCAAACCUGUAGUGUUCAUGUGGGUGGUACUUAUUUAUAUGACCUUUUCUGUGUUGCAAGUGCCGUAAAACUAACUCUUACUAAAACAAUCAUUGUUCGUCGAUCAUGACCUAGGGAGUACUUGAGUACUGGAAAAACAGGGGUUGUCACAACGGUGGGGUGUGUGUGUGUGUCUGAGUGAACUGUGUUGAAUGUAACCUUUGUUCUCUGUGAAAUGGUGCGUUAUGUCGUUGUCCGAAACAGGCUGGCCCUUUGGUGAGAUGUGUGGACAGCCUCAUUCCACAGUUGUUUUAGAGUCUUUUUUGUGCAAGUUUUGAGAAAAUUGAAGGAAAAAAAAA